AUGUGGUUAGGCGACAUCCCUCCUGCAUUACAAGGAUUAACAAUUCCAGAAGAAAAGCUAAUUUCACUUUAUCGUCAUAAUAGCUGUGUGAUAAAACUUCAUUCACCAUUUCACUCAACUACAACUGCUCAAGCAGCAUUGAAAGGCAAUUGUAUUACUUUUCUUCAAAGUUUACCGAAUAUCGUUAACUGUUUACCACUGAAACUUGAUGAUUUGUGUGAUACAUUAAAAGUGAUUUUUGUUGGUGCACAUCCUCCUGAACGUGUCCAUCUUAAGAAGAUCUUGACCGUCCGCAAGAAAAAAGUCACUGAAGCAUUGCAUUGGCUGAAGAAAAAUAACAUACUUUAUCAAAACGUCGAGAUAAACCUUCAUAAUAUUAAUCAAUUACCUGAAGAUGAUGUGCCAGAAGCCAUCAUGUUAACGAUGGAACAGAAGAUCGGUGAUGAAGAAACUUCAUCUGAAAGAGUUGGAUAUGUUCCUGAUCCAUUAGCUGAUCCGACUGAAUCCACAAAUUCUGACACCAUUCCUAUUAGUAACAGUGGUGUUCUCGACGUGAAUGGAUCCACCGUAACUUCAGACGAAAUUAAAAAUUAUGUUUUACGCAAAAUUAAAAAUGACAAAGCAACUGAACAGAUGGAUAUCGAAAGUAUUUACGUAAUUCCUCAUUCAUCGAAACCUGUUAAUGAAUAUUUUAAUCCAAAACUACUACUAGGGCUGUAUCCAACUCUAUUCUGUUAUGGAUACGGAUCGCCCGAAGAUAAAUCGCGUCCAGUUGAAAUAAAAUUACGAGAACACAUACGUUACCUAUUAUCAUACAACGAUCGACGCUUUGAAACAAAUCAUAGCUUUAUAUUUGUAGUUUUUAAUCUUUUGCAACGACGUGAUGCUUGUUUUCAUGCUCAACUGAUAGCCACGAAACCUUACUUUCAAGCAUCUGCUCAGGAAAUUCAGUCAUUAAACAGUAACGAUAUUGAAAUGGCUCUCAACAAAAGUGCAAAAAAUACGUUUAGCUCGACAUCCAAUGCAUCAUUACAUAAAUUACUCAAUCAUAUUAAAACCAUCGGUGGUCGAGUUAUGGGUUCAACGUAUUCAAGAACAGCUUUGCGCACUCGUAUUCAUGCACUAAUCUAUAAUCAAGGUCUACCAAGCAUUUUUCUAACUUUGAACCCAGCUGAUAUUCACAGUCCUGUGGCACUCUAUUUUGCCGGUGUCAAGCUUGAUUUAGACAAUAUUCAAAUCGAGCAACUAAUGACGACUUAUAAAAGAGCCGAAAUUAUUGCUUCGCAUCCCGUGGCUACUGCCAAGUUUUUCCAUUUAUUAAUCACUAACAUAUUAGAUACUAUGAUAGUUGGUGGUGUUCUUGGACGUAUAAAAGCUUAUUUUGGUACUGUUGAAAAUCAAGGACGUGGCUCUCUUCAUUUACACCUUCUUAUUUGGCUUGAUCAUGAUUUUAAGCCAUCUGAUUUGAAAGAAAAAAUUCAAAAUGCUGAUUUUCGCGAAAAAUUAAAAGCAUAUUUAGAAGAUAUUAUCAAAGAAGACUUAGAUGAAUUCAAAGGCAAACGUACCUUUGAAAAUCCAGAUAGUAUAACAAGUUUUAAUCCUUUUCCCACAUAA